UCUUCACUUUCUUCAUUCAAACCAAACCUCACACAAAAAAAUGGUCACCAAAACUCACACCAAAUGCAUUCUUUCACCAUCCUCCCUCUUCUUCCUCCUAACCGGAUUCUUAGUUCUCUUCAACGGAGAGUCGAGGCCGCCGUUUGCAUGUGACCCGAAUAAUCGGGUCACUAAAGACCUCCCGUUUUGUCGGGUAAACCUACCAAUAAGAGCUCGGGUUAGAGAUUUGCUAGGAAGAUUAACUUUGCAAGAAAAAGUAAGAUUGUUAGUGAAUAACGCAGCCGCGGUGCCACGACUAGGAAUUCAAGGGUACGAGUGGUGGUCCGAGGCCUUGCACGGCGUAUCAGACGUGGGCCCCGGGACGAAGUUUCUUCCAACGUUUCUAGGCGCGACACAAUUUCCUCAAGUUAUUACGACUGCUUCGACUUUUAAUGACACUUUGUGGGAGGAGAUUGGACAGGUGGUGUCAAAUGAAGCGCGGGCCAUGUACAAUGGAGGAAAAGCGGGACUAACAUUUUGGAGCCCAAAUGUGAAUAUUUUCCGGGAUCCAAGGUGGGGUCGGGGUCAAGAAACGCCUGGAGAAGAUCCAGCAUUGGCUGCUCGAUACGCUGUUAGAUAUGUUAAAGGACUACAAGGCAAUGCGGGUGAUAGAUUAAAGGUCGCGGCUUGUUGUAAACAUUACACUGCGUAUGACCUUGAUAAUUGGAACGGUGUUGAUCGCUUUCACUUUAAUGCCAAGGUGAGUAAACAAGAUUUAGAGGACACAUACAAUGUACCAUUCAAAGCUUGUGUUUUAGAAGGUAAAGUUGCAAGUGUAAUGUGUUCGUACAAUCAAGUCAAUGGGAAGCCUACUUGUGCCGACCCAAAUCUCCUCAAGAAUACCAUUAGGGGGGAUUGGCGUCUCAACGGAUACAUUGUUUCCGAUUGUGAUUCGGUUGGGGUUAUGUACACUAGUCAGCAUUACACGGCUACACCAGAAGAUGCAGCCGCACAAAGUAUCAAAGCAGGGCUUGAUUUGGAUUGUGGCCCACAUUUGGCGGUUUAUACCGAGGGGGCGAUAAAACAAGGGAAGUUGAAAGAGGUUGAUGUUGACGGGGCUUUGGCCAACACCCUUGCGGUUCAGAUGCGUUUGGGCAUGUUUGAUGGGCCAAGACAACCAUAUGCAAACUUGAAGAUAUCGGAUGUAUGCUUAGGGUCAAGUAACCAACUUGCCCUGGAGGCGGCCCGUCAAGGCAUAGUUCUUCUAGACAACCGUGGGCAUGGCCCACCAUUGUCAACAGUGCGACAUCGCACUGUUGCUGUUAUCGGGCCCAAUUCUGAUGUCACUGUCACUAUGAUAGGCAACUAUGCUGGUAUCGCUUGUGGAUAUACAACACCGUUACAAGGUAUAGCUAGGUACGUUAAGACAAUUCACCAAGCAGGGUGUAGUGAUGUGAGUUGUAGGGGUAACCAAUUAAUUGGGCCUGCUGAAGGAGCUGCCCGAAAUGCGGAUGCAACCGUGUUAGUUAUGGGGCUUGAUCAAUCUAUUGAAGCCGAAGCAAGAGAUCGGACCAACAUACUCUUGCCAGGGCACCAACAAGAGCUAAUAUCUAGAGUUGCAAAGGCUUCAAGAGGUCCAUGUGUUCUUGUCAUUAUGUCCGGUGGCCCUGUUGACAUCACUUUCGCGAAAAGAGACCCGCGAAUUACAACCAUAAUUUGGGCCGGGUAUCCAGGUCAAUCUGGUGGAACCGCUAUUGCUGAUAUCUUGUUUGGGACAACCAAUCCAGGAGGAAGGUUGCCUAUGACAUGGUACCCACAAGAGUACUUGGCUAAAGUACCAAUGACAAAUAUGGGAAUGAGGGCUAACCCGGCCCACAACUACCCCGGUCGAACCUAUCGUUUCUACAAAGGGCCCGUGGUCUAUCCAUUUGGGCAUGGUCUAAGUUACACAACUUUCCGACAUUCCAUAGCUAAAGCUCCAACAACGGUUUCACUUCCCAUGUUAUCAAUCCACCUCGAAAACAACAACGCGACAACUUUAACUAACGGGGUACGAGUAUCACACACCAAAUGCUCCACCCUCUCCUCGGGUCUACACAUCGACGUGGAGAAUACUGGAACCAUGGAUGGGACUCACACCGUGAUGGUGUUCUCGAGCCCGCCAGAAGGUAAAUGGGCCACACACAAGCAAUUGGUGGCUUUUCAAAAGGUCCACGUGGCGGCCGGCGGGCUCCAAAGGGUUGCCCUUGACCUUCAUGUGUGCAAACAUUUGAGUGUGGUUGACAAAUUUGGGAUCCGAAGGGUUCCGAUGGGUGAACACACUCUUCACAUUGGUGAUCUCAAACAUUCUUUAGCCAUUAAACCAACAAUUGAAGAAAUAAAGUAUUAAUAUUGAUAUUUUCGAAUUAGACCUUCUACUAUUAAAAGUUGGAUUUCUACCCUCCUACUUUUACCCCUGAGUAAAAACAGCUGUAAAUGGGGUGACUGCUAGCAGAUUUUAGUUUUCUUGUUAAUUAUGAAGAAAACUAUCAAGGGACUGUUAAGUCUAUAGCCCUAUAUAUUUGAAGUUCUUAAUUUGUGUGCUUUAUAAAUGUAAUAUAUACAUUGUAACGAAGUUUAAAGGAAAAUGUGAAUAAGCAUGGUUUUCAAGAAUUCU